AUGUUGAAGCGUCUGAGUUUUCAGGGGUUUCAAGUCCCGCAACAAAGGAAGAAGGAGCUUGAGGAGAAGAUGAAAGACGCACAUAAAAAAUCUUCUAGACAACUCAUGCCAAAGUCCUCCGAGACACAACAGCGGUCGUCCCAAUAUUCAGACUUUGCUGCUCAAUACUAUGCAAAAUACGCGGUGCAACCGACCGGGCCCGACCUAGCGUCAAAAGUUCUGCUGAAAGAUGAGCAGGGUGAGCAACAAGACACUGAAGACAAACCACAUCCUUCCACAGAACAAUUUGAGCAUGUAGGUUUCGAGCAUUACCUCCAACGCGCGUUGAAAAGUAUGGCAAAGACCGACAAACUUUCAGCCGACGCCGUAAGAUUGUUACAGGAAGGCUUGCCAGCCGACGCAGAAAAUAUCUCAAAGAGUACUGCCCGGCUAGGGCUUGAAUGGCAUAAGUGGCGCAGUUUACAUAGCAUCUUUUCGAGUACGAAGCAAGUGCAAAGAAAUACAGCUAAUUUUCCGCUUUCCACACUGCUGGAGGCCUUUGAAAUCAGUUCGCCGCCUGAAGCCGGCUUCAUCGCGCAAAUGAUCGCGGAAACUAGAGAAGGCUGGGAUCUAGAGAAUCUACAAUUCUGCGCUCGUGUGGUCGGCGGCUUGCUGAAUAAUCCAGCAAACACGGGCUACGACUACGCCAUUCUCUCCGAGGCUUGUCUCGCGGCUUUCAACGUGCACACACUGAGUGCUGAACUGCGGCUGACGCAUGCGUCUGCGGCUUUGUUUGGUG